GGUUCCCGGGUGGCCCAGUCGCACGUGAGCCGGCACGAACCGAGGAGGCACCGCCACGCACCAUGAACACUUCGGUGACGCUCUCGGGAGGACAGCGGAUGCCGCUGCUGGGGCUGGGCUGCUGGCAGGCUCCGAGCCAGGAGGUGGCCGCCGCCGUGGAGGCCGCCCUGCUAGCCGGCUACCGGCACAUCGACACCGCUUACAACUACCUGAACGAGGACGGCGUCGGAGAGGGAAUCCGAGCCGCCCUCAAAACACGCAGGAUGACCAGGAGGGAUCUCUUCGUGGUCACCAAGCUGCCCAUGAUCGCCAUGCAGGAAGGCAAGGUGGAGAAGUACCUAAAGAAGUCGCUGAAACUGCUGGGUCUCGACUACGUCGAUCUGUACCUUGUCCAUACGCCGUUUGGGUGUGUGGAGAGAAGUGAGACGGACGUCUUUCCCUCGCAGGAUGGGAAACUGCUGAUAGAUUGUUCGACUGACCUGAUCGCCGUGUGGAAGGAAAUGGAAAAGAUGGUGAAACUUGGCCUGGCAAAAUCGAUCGGCGUAUCCAACUUCAACGCCAAGCAAGUUCUGAAGAUAGUCUCCAAUGCUGAGAUACCUCCCGCUGUGCACCAGGUGGAAUGUCACGUCUAUUUCCAGCAGCGCGCACUGCGCGAGGCGUGCAAGAAGCACAACAUUGCCAUCACAGCGUACGCUCCGCUGGGCUCCCCCGGCCGCAAGGUGCUGUACGAGAGCCGCGGCGCGACCGUGGAGCUACCGGACCUGCUGAAUAACCCGGUGGUGCGCCUGGUAGCGGAGAAGCACAAGCGGACAGCAGCGCAGGUUCUGCUGCGCUUCCUGGCCCAGCAGGACAUCAUUGUCAUCCCCAAGUCGACCAAGGCGACGCGGAUCCGUGAGAACGGAGACAUCUUCAGCUUCCAGCUUGACGAGCUGGACAUGGCGGCGCUGAGUUCGCUGGACCAGGGCGAGCCGGGUAGAACCUUCCGCAUGUCCGUGUUUCCUGGCGUCAGCGAUCAUCCGGAAGCUCCCUUCUAGGCGCCGUUUCAGGGCAUGAAGUAUCCUUUGUGACGCUGUCCCUCUGAAACGGUGGGGCUCUUCUUCGUUUUAUCUAUGUAGAGUGACUUUGUCCCAUUGUAAGAUGUCUGCGUGGUUGACUCGUGCUAUUGUUUCGCUAGUGCUCAUUUUAUUGCGAACCAUUGUGUUGGGCACGGAAUACAGUGUUCGAGGUAUCACUCGUCUAUGUGACCUAUGAAAGUUACAAUCUGUUCAUGCAAAUUACAAUAACUGCAUGCAUUGAAGCAGCGAAAACUGUUAACGAAAUGCA